AUGUCACUAAGCAGAAGUAUUGAGUUUGAACACUUUGAGGAGCGAGAGAAGCCGCACCGGACACCUAGGACCAACUCUGGCUCCGGGUCCCAGUGUGGUUCCAGAGGCAACGGUCUGGUCCCCAGCCCGGCGCACAGUGCGCAUUGCAGCUUCUACCGUACACGCACUCUCCAGUCUCUCACCUCCGAGAAAAAAGCCAAAAAACUCCGCUUUUAUCGCAAUGGUGACAGGUAUUUCAGAGGUUUGGUGUAUGCCGUGUCUCACGACCGGUUCAGGUCCCUGGAUGCUCUGCUCAUGGAGCUCACACGGUCCCUGUCGGACAACGUCAACCUCCCUCAAGGAGUCCGGGUGUUGUAUGCUUUGGAUGGAGGGAAGAAGAUCACAAGUCUGGAUGAGUUAGUGGAGGGUGAGAGUUAUGUGUGUGCGUCCAACGAACCCUUCCGACGUGUGGACUACACCAAGAACGUCAACCCCAACUGGUCAGUGGGCAGCAAGACUGGCACAUCACGCUCACUCUCCUCUCUCUUCCCGCUGAAGAGCGACCUGCAGCGCGAAUCCAAAGAGUUCAUCAAACCCAAGCUAGUCACAGUCAUCCGCAGCGGUGUCAAACCCCGCAAGGCAGUUCGAAUUCUGCUCAAUAAGAAGACAGCCCACUCCUUUGAUCAGGUGCUCACUGAUAUCACAGAUGCAAUCAAGUUAGACUCUGGAGCUGUGAGGAGACUGUACACUCUGGAGGGCAAGCAGAUCAUGUGCUUACAGGACUUCUUUGGGGAUGAUGAUGUGUUUAUAGCAUGUGGCCCAGAGAAGCACCGCUAUGCCCAGGAUGACUUUGUGUUGGAUCACAGUGAAUGCAGAGUACUGAAAUCAUCGAACAGCCGCUCUGCUGCUCCAAACCAGACUAAGAGCCCUGGACCUUCACGACGCAGCAAGUCUCCAGGUGCAACAAGGCGUACUGUCCACUAUUCCACCAGUCCAUCUCCAAUCAAAUCCCCAGUAAAUGGUGUCAGCCAGAUCUCAACACCUAAGUCAACCAAGUCGUCCACUCCAUCUCCUACCAGCCCCCGACCCAUGCCCAAUUUUAAGAUCCCUCCGUCACACCACAUCUCUUCCUCAAAUGUCAAUGGCUCGUUGAGCAACCACCAGGAACAAACCAAUCGACUGAGUCCAGAGGUAAACGGAAACCGCUACCUUCCUGCCUCAAAUAUCUUGGAAAAAUACAAAAUUGGCAAGGUCAUCGGAGAUGGCAACUUUGCUGUAGUCAAGGAGUGUGUUGAGAGGUCCACAGGAAAAGAGUUCGCGCUGAAGAUCAUAGACAAGGCCAAGUGCAGCGGAAAGGAGCACCUCAUAGAGAAUGAGGUUGCAGUGCUGCGGAAGGUGAAACACCCUAACAUCAUCAUGCUGAUUGAGGAAGUGGACACUCCCUCUGAUCUCUAUCUAGUUAUGGAACUCGUCAAGGGUGGGGAUUUAUUCGAUUCAAUCACCUCCUCAGCUAAGUACACAGAGAGAGAUGCCAGCAUCAUGGUGUACAAUCUUGCUGGAGCUCUGAAGUACCUACACAGCUUGAACAUCGUCCACAGAGACAUUAAACCAGAAAACCUGCUGGUAUUCGAGUAUCCAGAUGGCACCAAGUCAUUAAAGCUAGGUGACUUUGGCCUGGCCACAGUGGUGGAGGGACCCUUGUAUACUGUGUGUGGAACUCCAACAUAUGUGGCACCAGAAAUCAUCUCUGAGUCUGGUUAUGGUCUGAAGGUGGAUAUCUGGGCGGCAGGUGUCAUCACCUACAUCCUUCUGUGUGGCUUCCCUCCAUUUAGAAGUGAAAGUAACCUACAGGAGGACCUGUUUGACCAGAUCCUUUUGGGGCGGCUGGACUUUCCCAGUCCUUACUGGGACAACAUCACUGACUCAGCCAAGGAGCUGAUUGGAAAGAUGCUGAAGGUCAAUUCCGAGGCUCGAUACACAGCACAAGAUGUCCUCUCCCACCCUUGGGUCACGGAUGACGCAGUCAUGGAAAACAACAUGAUGGUGGCAGUGACAGGUAAACUGAAGACGCACUUUAACACUGCGCCAAAGCACAACAACACCUCAGCUGCAGUGUCUGUCAUCAUGAACACAGCUCUAGAUAAGGAGAUCCUCCAGCUCACCACCUGUCGUCGUCCAGGGUCCCAGACGGUGCCAUGUCCACAAUCGUCUGCUAGCAAGAAAGUCCCAUCUGUCCUUCCAGUCAAACCAGCCUCGCUUUCAAAUUCAGGGCCAGCUUCUCCAACCAAACAGUCAUCGUCAACCAAACUGGCAUCACACACCAAAGUACCAAAACCCACCAAAACUGCUCCUCUCGAGGCACCGGAGACCUUGGAGGCUUCAGUGCCUGAUGCGACUACAAAUCCUCCCUGCUCUCAUUCCCCAGCCGACAGUGUUCUUUUCCUUCCCUCUGCUCCUGUAAGUUCGCUUAAUUUCUCCCCUUCACCCUCUACUGAAAAUUUCCCUGCCACCUCCUUGCCUGUUUUCACUCCCCCUGAGAUAAGAACAUCACCCACAUCACCCUCAGCUACUCCCUGCUCAUAUCUGGAAACUGUCUCACCCUCCGGUCCUCCUGCUCUUUUCACUUGCACAACUCCCUCUACACCUCUCUCCUGUCCUUCUCCUUCAUCUCUUACUAAACCAGCCCAAACCUCCUUUCCUGCUGCUCUUUCUCCCUCCUCUCCCACCAAACUUGACAUCUCUUCUCCUCCUUCUCCAACCAAAGAAGCAACAUCCCAGUCUUCCUCACCCACAAAACAAGCUUCUCCCUCCCCCGUCAAACCUGUUUUAUUCUUCCCUUGUUCCUCCCCAAACAAACAAGCACCUUCACCCCCCUCUCCCAAUCGUCCAACCCUGUUUCCCUCUCCUCCCUCUACACCUCCUAGAUCCACAACCCCACCCUCUCCCAAUUCUCCACCUGCUGAUCCCACAAUUCCUGAAGAUCUCAUGGAGAAAAAUUAAAUGGCUGGUCUUUUUUGUAGCCAAUUUCACCCCCUCACUCCUCCUCUUUCCAUGUAUGUAAAGAAACUAAAGGCUAAAAAAACCACCUCGAGCAUUUCCAGUAGCUGUAAACUGAGCCAGUGACUGCUGUGUCCACAUUUUUUUCUCUUUUACCCUUAUCCCACUCAUUUUAAGAAGCAAAGGAUUUGAGGCAUUUUGUAAGAGUUGCUUGAUUGUAUAUAUGUCUGUAUUUAUUAAUGUAGGAUGUGGAGAAAGGUAAUGAACUAAAUAUCACUGUUCUGAGUGGUUUUUUUUUUUAAAGUCAACCAUUACUGUAUCGCAUUAAUGUGAAUUAUUUUAUUUAUUAUCUUAUUUUGACUGCUGGUGGCUCUUUUGUAAAUAGUUACUCAUUACGCACACAUUCCUACAUCCCAAUUAGGUGUCCUUUUGCUUUAGCAGAGAGACAAUAUCUACAUGUAUUUUAGCAUUAAAUCAAAUGUCUGAACUGGCUAGCUUGGUUACCUGUAGUGUUUUGGCACAGUUAUUACCUGUUAAGCCAACUAUAACCAUUGUUAGUAUUUUCUCCGGUCUCAAACAUCCUGAUGGUAACUGCAGAUUUACUGUUUAACUUAAGCCUUCCUUCAUUUGUUUGUACAAACAGCAGGUGGACAAAAUAAAAGGCAAUUCCUACUAAAAUACCAAGUAGCUGAUAACGAGUAAAAAGCUUUGCCGUACUCAGAGAUUCUGUGUUUGUGCUCUUUGAAAUCACACAGGUAAAAGUGGUAAUGAUCAACGUGUUACAACAUUCAAGUCAAAGGGUCAGUUCAGAAACUACAAAAAGGAUUUAUUCUCUGUUACCAUUAGUAGUAACUUUGGGGAUUUCUGUCACUGUCCCAUUACAAUGGAAGAGGAAUGGAGAUUUGUUUAUGUUGCGCAAAGAACAAAAUGAAAAACAACAACAAAAAACUAACAAGAAAACUGUUUUAAGAUUCAACUGCAGUGUUGUGAUCCAGAAAAAAAUGUCCCUGUUAGUCUGAAUAAUCCACAGAGCAGGUUUCAGACAGUUUUCAUUGGGACUAGUUUGUUCUUUGAAAUAUUUCCACAUUCAAUGCUUAAGACCCGACAAUCUUCCCCCGUAUACAAUCACCUGUUAUCAAGUGAAAAUCACUAUUUCCAGUAAACUGACCAGUUGAUUUGUCAGCGAGGUCUGUGGGUUAUUAAGAGUAAUUUGGACAUUUUAAAUGAGAUUUUUGCAUUGCUAUGAGCACCACAUAAAAUAUAUAUUUUCAUUGCACUGUAGUGGGAAUCUAGAUCUAAAAAUAUUUGGCCCUCUAAACAACAAGAUACCACGAUAUGUGGUUUCCUUUGUAAUUCAAGUCCAUUCGGUAGAUUAUUUUGUUUACCCUGUAACUGACAGACAUGUGGAUUUAUUUCAUUCAGAGUUUUAUUUGUGUUAUUUGGAGUGAAAUCUGUAGUUGUACAUAGCUUGAAGAACCGCCUCAAACUUGAAGGUUUGUUUUUGCCUACAGUGUGUGUGUCUGAGCAGUCGUGGCCCUCAGUUGUAACUGCUGUACAUAACAUUAGUGACAUUUGAUCAAACAGACAUGAAACCAGACUGCAGGUCUGUUUCUCAUGAGCUGUUAUUUUCAAAAUCUGAAGUGCUUACUGAUACAACUAAAACACACUGCACAGAAAAGAUACACAUUUACUACUACUUGCUCCACUACAAUGUGGGCUGCGUGAACUAGUCAACACAGUUCCUUCAAAACACUAAACCAUUGGUUUUUAAUCUGUUUUUAUAAGAAUGAAUGUGUGAAUAUAAAGAUGACGGGGUCGUGCCUGACCACUGGUUAACAGUUCAAUAGCUUAACGAUGCCUUUAUCAAAACCAGCUUGGCUGAAUAAUAGGGUCCCAAAAUGUGCAUCCUCAAAAUAAUUUAUCUGUAAUAAUCUUUAAGUGACUUUUUGUUUUGUUUUGUCCUUGUUCGUGCAUGUUUUAAACUCCACACCAUUUAUCCCAGCUGGUGUUAGUAGGGCUAACUUUACCUCUUCAGGACUUUCAGCUGCAUGCAUACGCCAUCCCCACCUCCCGCCUCCCUGUAAGACAAAAACCUCACACACAAACAGUCAAGACAAGUUGGUACAUCGUGUCAUUUAGCACCCUCUUAUGUAUAUGUAGUUCAAGUACAUUUUCAUAUGCUUUGUCAUAGCAGUUUGUAAAGGGAUAUUUGUAAGAAGAGAGUUUUAAACAGGUAGAUCAACUGUGUCAAAUUGUUUUUAUUAGGCAUAGAGUGGCUGCUUUUAAUGUCCCAAUAUUUUGA